AACCUGGGGCCAGUUGCGAAUCGCUCUGUGAAAGCGACAGUGACAUUUCCCGGAGCGGAGGGCUCGGCCCUUGCGGCAGACUCGAGUAACGAAACAUCCGCGCGUUUAUUCGCGAGAAGAUCGUCGCGUUCUCGCGAGAUAGAAACUCCUCUGUUUUCCUUUUUUUCCGACUCUCAGCGGGGAUUUUGAGGGAGCGGAAUCGGCCUGCCUCGCCGGUUCACGUCCGAUUAGCAAGACGGACGUUCGAUUCUCGUGCGUGUCGAUACGGUGUACUUUCUUCGACCUGUAAUCUCUGUGUCAUCGCGAUGGUAACGAUGAGUCGCGAUACAGCAGAAAGCGCGAGCAUUCCUUGUGUAUCCACGUGGUGCGAACAUCCGCGUUUUAUUUAAAUACGUUCAUCUCGUACAAUGAAAAACUGAUCUCGUUUUUGCUCAAGUAUUUUUGAUCAAGUAUCUUGCACUGGUUGCGUAAUGUCCGGUGAAGAUUGAGGAAAACGUGAUGACCUGGAAUUAGCAAGGAGGUGGCAUCGUUUGAAGACUCGCGCGGAUUAAAUCAGAGAGACUUAACGUGCAGCACUCAUCUUGCACAUUCUUUCUUCUCCGGCCGAGACGGUGAGACACGAGAAUGAUGGAAGCGUCACUUUUAUUCGGGCAACAUCUACAGCCGCCGGGAUUUUUCCUACACGAAUUAUUCUAAAGAGAUUCUUGGAAUCAAGACAACAUUGAUAAAGAGAAACCGUACGCUUUUGUCGUGCGAAUAGAAUUCCUGUCAGAGAAAGGAGAAUAUUUUUCUAGAACCCGUAAUCUCACCGAGAUGAGUGUCUCGGGGAUCUCGCGAGUCUUCCUCGUGAUUGUGGUCUUCAGGAUGGUGUCCUUCUGCAAUUCGUUGAUCAUGGAUCACAUUUGUUCGAGAGUGGAGAAUUACACCGUCACGUCAUACGAAACUUACACCGAGCCGGUCGUGGUGAACACGUUCACUUGGUGCCUACAAAUUCCCCCGAGGUGUCCGAAGACGCGGAACGAACUGCGGCAGCGGUAUCGCAUAAAGACGGAGGUAAAGUCAAAGACCGUGGAGGAAUGCUGCGAGGGAUACAAAAAACUGAUGAUUCAUGGCGAUGUGAACGCGAGGUGUAUGCCAUUUUGCAAAAACUGUUUGGCGGGGAAGUGCGUCGCACCGAAUGAAUGUCAAUGCGAUCCCGGAUAUCAAGGAGACGAUUGCAUCCGUGAAUGCUCAUCGGGAUCCUGGGGCAUGCGAUGUGCGGAGACAUGCGAUUGCGGGGAAAACGGCACUUGCGAUCCCGCGAACGGCACUUGCCGAUGUCCUCCGGGGCUUCGAGGACCUCAAUGCAGAGAGCAUUGCGCAACUGGCCAGUGGGGCCCGAAUUGUGCAAACGAAUGCACAUGUCAGAACCGAGAUAAUGAUUGCGAUGCCGCAACCGGAAGAUGCGCCGACGACAACGACGACAACGACGCUUCCCUGGUCGUGCAAACGUCGCCCGGUUAUUUGCGAAGCUCUACUACCGAGCGUGUGCAAACAUCCAGGAUUAGCAACACGGAGCACACAGAAGUUAUCUCUGUGCCGCGCGAGACUACCGAACGACAAAUGGAAGCUUCACCUAUAAACGUCAAUGACGACUGGAAUUACAUCUCGGGCACGACGACUUCGACAACAGUAGUACCCAUCGCGAUACCUCCUCAGGGGACAACAACAAACGAGACGCGAGUGAAAGAUUCUUCAACAACCGCCCGACCUGUGAUCGUGUUAGUCUCCGUACCUGAGCGCAGAAGGGAUGCCGAAAAGGAUCGGCAAAAAUUCGCCACGAAGGAUGAAUUCUUCAGACACGUCCAAAGAGACGAGAGCAUCGGCGUGCCGAAAAUCGACUACGUGAAAACCGUGCACAAAGGCGAUAUCCAGACGAUGCCUGUUUCACUGGACAUCGCUCUGAUCGUCGUAGCUGCGAUCGUCUCCCUCGGUCUGACCUCGGUCGCGGUAGUCAUGAUCCUCCACAUGCGGUCCAAGCUGUUCGAGACCGUUCGACUUGCCAUCUACGACGAUGAGAAGAGCAAGGGUUCGGAAAAUGCAGUUCGCGAAAACGCGAACAGUGAAAGGAUGUCCACGGUGGUGAACUCUACUCUGCCCCCACCACCGCCGACCCGCGCCAAUCCUGUGUUCGCAACCAAUGCGGAACCGGAAACGAUAUUAACGGUCGAUGGCAUCGAAUCGCUCAACACUUACGCCAACGGCACAGCUACGAUCGGUCUCCGAAUUUCCGGUAAUCUUCGCGAUCUUUUACAAGAGGGCUAUUACGAUCGGCCACCAGCAACUUUGAUACGCCUGCAAACGAACUUUGACCAUAAUGCGGAGCAUGUGUAUGACGAAAUACCCUUACAGACCACCACCCCCCCGUUGUCCAGUCACAAGAAUAUGUGACGAAGAAACUGUUAUACUCGCUCGCAGUCAUAGUCAAAACCAUUCACGCUUGAGAGAACGCUACGUUGACGUGAAGAUUAAAACGAGAUAAAAAAGAAAAGAAAAAAAAAAACAAGAAAAAUGCAAAGAGUUUCUGGACAAAACGUAACUUGAGAAUACUUGAGAGAGAUAGAGUGGCUGUUGAUGAAAAUCUGAGCGUCCAGUCUCAGUGAAAAAUACGCGCAAACUGGUUUUCGACCUUACGCACAACUGUCGAAGGCUAAACGUGGCUAUAAUUGAGUAGAACAAGUGGAAAGAUAAGUCACUCUCGGGCACUGUCAGUGACCGCCAGUUGAGUCUGGCCAAUGGGGCAUGCAACUUUCUGAAUCAACUAUUUUGCAGUUUCGACGGGGUCGAAGUAAUGACGUCAAACGCAGCGCGACUGCACCUGAUUACAAUUGCGCGCGAACACGCAAUUAGAUGGAAAGUGCGAAAUAAUAGAGACUCGUUGGUACAACGAGCAGGGUUAGCGAGCAUAGCGAGCGCGCGCGCGCUUACUGUUAUUAUAGAAGCGAUACAAAACUGUGACGAACUACUUGCUCACGAAUGGACGCGAGAAUAAAUUGCCCGCUAAAUCCGGCAAUUUUCCUUGUAACAUAGACGCGAUUUACUCGGCGCGAAUCAACACGCGUAAAAACGUAAAACCGUUGUUUUACGAGCGAUCCUUUUCGAUUUACUUUAUUAUACACAAAGCAGCACGCGCGUCGUUGACCUUUUUUUUCUAAUAUUAACAACAUUAUUACGAAUUAUAAAUUUUCUAUGAUACUCGACGCAAUAACGACAAUAAUACUUUUUCACAGUAAUCGUGCUGUAAAGAAGCGAUACUUCUAUUUAUGAAC